AUGAGUACAAAUGAAAGUGUUGAGCCCCGGCUCAACGCCACCGAAAAGGCCAAGAGGGCAUUCCCUGAGGCGGACACAAACAAAACUCCAACCGUAUAUGACCCCAGCCCGAUUCCCAGAGAGCCUAUUUCUGCGAGGGCCAAAGAGCGUUUGCGCCGUGAUGUCAAUACCUGGAGUGCAGAUAUCACAGACAGAUCCCAGAAGAUUCAGACACGCGCUGGGCCGAAAAAGGUACACCGUCCAUCUUCCUUAAUGCAGGAGGUAGUUCGAGACAUGCGCUCGCCACUUUGCCCGCCAACCCCCGGGCUGCCGUCGAAUGUGACGUCAAACUCUUCGGGCGAGUCUCCAGAACGCUCGUACAUCUCAUCGAGUUACAACUCUUCACGGUUUGAAACUUCAAGCGAAGUGCUCCAGACUCGGCAGAUGGAUAAGUGCUUUGCGGAUGCUGACUUUGAGGGCCAGAAAAUGUCUGCAGGGGAGGCCUUUCGGACCUGUCUCGCGCAUCAGAAUGCGGGGUUGCAACGAGCCGAUAACUUGAUUCUGAGGCUCAGGUCUGAGCUUGAGAGCCAGCACGCAGAGCGUGAACUAGCGGCGCAAGCACAGCGGCAGAGACGGAAGAGGUUGGUAGAAUUCUUCGACGACAUCGCCAUAACAGCAAGAGAGAAUCCUAACCGUCUCGUGGACGAGAUUCAAGACUGGAGGAAAGCCAUGCAUGAGUACGAUGUGAUUGAGCGUGCGAAUGACCGGACUCAUGAGGUCGGAGCCCUGUUGAAUGAUGCGAGAGACUGGAGGGGUUGA